UUUUUUUCUCUCUUUCUUCCUUAUUUUCUUUGACGGAAAAUUAAUUAUGGUCAUCUCCUUCUGCGCUCCAUCUCAUAUCUCAUCUUCUCCUUCCUUUGCUUCUGCUUCUCCUUGUCCCCUCCUUCCUCUUCCUCUUCCUCUUCCUACUCUUCUUCUGCAGUUCGCGCCUGAUGCAUCUCCUUAAAACCGCCAUCGAUCCAUCUUUCUGGAUUUCCUCUAACCGCCGUCGAUCCACUGACGGAUGCGAGGCGUGGAGCAGCGGUGGAGGACUCGUCUUGUUCAUGACCAGAUCUGUACCUCGUCGAUCUAGGAGGAAUUCAAGCCGGAGAGUAGCCAUCAAAGCUUCCUUUGCCAGGAUCCGUCGUCUCCGAAGUCCGCCGCCGAUGAAGCUGUACCAAGCAUCCGUUGUCUCCGAAGUUCAAGCCAGAGAGUUAUCGGAUUGGAGCUUGCGUGUGGUGGGAAGUCGGCACUGGAGGAUGAUAGAU